GCUACCCUCCCCGCAUGCUACUGGUACAUAUCAACACUGAUCAGCAUCCUCCUCACUUUGCAGAGACCAUAGCCGACCGUUGCAACGAACGUCUCUGCAUGAACCCAAACCCAGCAUCGGAACACAUGGAGCUUCUUGCCAUGCUCCUGGACAGAUGUCCUACUACCGUUGAGAUCAUUCCCGGUGACGCCACUUCGUGGUCGCCAGACAGCACCGAUCGUGGACCUUAUCAUCCCUUCUUGUUCAUAGAUGGUAACCUCGGGGUUCCGCAAAAAGUGCUGUAUGCGCUCUACCCGUAUGCAGUCAAUGUUUUCAAUGAUUUCCGGAAGGCCUGUUUGUCGUCUCGUGAGACCCCUCAAGCGUCCUCGCGCUCCAAACCCACGGAUCUCCUGGAAUCGUCAUCAGUAAUUCUCCUCGCCAAUCCCUCCCAUCAGACCACCCUCAACGCUCGCAAGCGCUUGGUUCGCGAGGGAACGAUCGAUCCAGAGAAAGAAUUGCGUUUCACCUCUUCUCUGCUGUCUUGCCAGCACUGCACCAAACACGGUGAGCUUUGGUACCACAGGCGGUGGAUGUUCGCCUUCUCCCAACAGCUUAGUUCUGGAGAACAUUCUCGUUCUUCAUUCCAUAUUCCUUUAGCCAGUUUGGGGAAGGAGCUGGCUUUGAUUGCUCGUGCAUGCGAGCUUUACCCACGGAACUAUUUCGCAUGGAUGCACAGGUUUAUCUGCUUCCGUAGCGUCGUCCACUGUCAUCCGAUAGGAGCUCUUUCGAACCAACUUAGCGACAUACUGAACAACGAGAUCGAUGAUAUAAAGCGAUGGAUGGAAUGCCAUGUCUCGGACUACAGUGCGGUUCACUACCUUAUAAGCCUCUCCCAGCUUUUCCCUCAAUUGCAAGGGUUAAAUGAUGGAUUGUACCAUCAUUCCACCUCGCUCGUCCGUGCAUAUCCAUCCCACGAGACUCUUUGGAUAUAUGCUUAUGCUGCUUGUUUGAUGCCUGGGACACAUGGCGAGGAUCCUGGGGAGUUCCUGGAGGGUUUCGUUCGACCAUUGGCUCAGCUGCGGUCUACAGACGUGCUCACUGACGAUGACUCGGCACAGGCAUCGCAACAUGGCCAGCGAUUCCUGGCAAGGAGGGAACUUGGAUUGGGAGGGGAGCUUGGGACCGGGUGUUGAAUGUGCACUUUGCGGAUAGGGAAAUGCAAAUUGAGGUACUGUAAUAGGAUGCAUCACUGGUUUGUGCUUGGUGUUUUCACCUCGCAAUUGCAAUGGUUUCAUCCGCAAUGUGUCGCGCAGGAAGUUCCCU